AUGCCACUCAUCCUCAUUUCUGGGUUUCCGUCAAGCGGCAAGACGUACCGCAGCGAACAGCUCAAGGAAUACUUUGCGCAAAGAAUCGCUGCUUCAGAGGAUGCGCGCAUUUCGAGACUCAAGAUUCACCACCUGAACGAUCAGAAUCUGGGACUUGACCGCGAGGUCUAUGCUGCUGCGAGAAGCGAAAAGGAUGCGCGCGCCACUCUGUCUUCGGCCAUCAAGCGUGACUUGACAGCAAAUUCAAUCGUCAUUGCCGACUCGAUGAAUUACAUCAAGGGCUUCCGCUACCAGAUGUUUUGUGAAGCAAAGGCCCAGCGCACCCCGAGUUGUGUUGUGCACAUCGGAACGCCCGUCGAAAAGUGUCGCGAGAUCAACGAAAAAGCCCUUGCCAACGGUACUGGAGGCUACCAGAGCGACCUGUUCGAAAACCUCGUCUUCCGCUACGAAGAGCCAAAUGGCAUGACACGAUGGGACUCUCCUCUAUAUACAGUGCCCUACGACGACGACACGCCGCCGCUUGAAGAGCUUUGGGAUACUCUGGUUGGUGGAAAAGCAAAGGCUGUCAAGCCAAACUCGGCCACAGUCCUGGCUCCUGCUACCGAGCAAAACUACCUCUACGAGCUGGACAAGACGACGUCUGACAUUGUCGCUCAGAUCUCGGCCUGGCAGAAGGAUCAUCCGGGAGAGAGCGGCGGUGAGAUUUCUGUUGCUGGUGCUGAGCACGACAUUGAGCUGCCCGCAAAUCCCCUUGGCCUUCCACAACUGCAACGUUUGCGCAGGCAAUUCAUCACCAUGAACCGCACCCACAGCCUGACAAAGGACCGCAUCAAGGACUUGUUCGUCGACUACCUCAACGAUACUUUCCAGGCAGCAUGA